AACUAUUAAGCUUUCCCAUUCACAAACUAAGCUCAGACACAAAACUCAUUCCUUUAAAUGGUACCAGGAAUCUUCACUUGUGCAGUUUACUCGGAUGAUUGCAUCUUCGAGGACCCAACAAUCAGCUUCCAGGCCUGGUAGAUUGGUGGGAUCAGCUUCUUCUUAUGUAUCUGACUUGGAGAUUUAGACAAACAAAUAUUUCCGAUUAAAGACAAGAGCUUUUGCUUUUGUUUCUGCUCUAUGUUCUUGCGUCGAGGAAUUCGGUUGUUUGCCACAGAAUCUGGGAGCAAGACAACAUGGGAUCCUCUCCAUUCCCUUGAGCUUAAUCACCCAUCUCUUGUUCUGCUCGAGAAAUGCAGUUCAAGGAAUCAAUUCAAGCAGAGUUUGGCAAAGAUCAUGCGUGUCAAUCUCAUAGGCGAUACAUUUCCCAUGAGCCGUCUAAUCUUUUUCUCAGCCGUCACAUAUCCACAGAACAUCGACAUGGCGAAGCUUCUGUUUCUUAAUUUCACCCCAAACCCCAACGUUUUCGUCUACAACACAAUGAUUUCUGCUCUUUCAUGCUCGAAGAAGGAUUGCUUUGCUCUGUAUAGUUCUAUGAUUAGGCAGAGUGUUUCUCCGGACAGGCAAACGUUUCUCCACCUGAUGAAAGCAUCGAUUUUACUGUCGGAAGUGAAGCAAAUCCAUUGCCAUAUCAUUGUAUUUGGGUGCCUCUCUUUGGGGAAUUACCUGUGGAAUUCUCUCGUUAUGGUGUAUAUGGAGCUGGGAAGUUUGGGUUUUGCAGAGAAGGUGUUUGAUACAAUGACUGAACCAGAUGUCAGCUCUUUCAACACCAUGAUUGCUGGUUAUGCCAGGAAGGGGUUUAGUUUAGAAGCACUGGAACUGUACUAUAAAAUGGUUGGUGAUGGUAUUGAACCUGAUGAGUACGCAGUGUUGGGUCUUCUAGUUUGUUGUGGUCAGUUAUCAGAUAUUAGGCUUGGGAAAGGAGUUCAUGGUUGGAUUGAGAGGAGGAAACCUGGUUCUUCCUCUAAUUUGAUCCUGAGCAAUGCUCUUUUAGACAUGUACUUCAAAUGCAAAGAACCUGGUCUUGUAAAAAGAGCUUUUGAUAUGAUGAAGAAGAAGGACAUGCGUUCUUGGAACACAAUGGUGGGUGGGUUCGUUAGGCUUGGGGACAUGGAAGCUGCUCAGGAUGUUUUUUAUCAGAUGCCUAAAAGGGAUCUUGUUUCUUGGAAUUCUCUGCUUUUUGGUUACUCGAAGAAGGGAUGUGACCAAAGAGCCGUUAGAGAGUUGUUCUCUGAGAUGUUGAUAGUGGAGAAGGUCAUUCCAGACCGUGUCACUGUGGUAAGUUUGAUAAGCGGUGCAGCAAACAACGGUGAACUAGACCAAGGAAGAUGGGUACACGGAUUAAUGAUCCGCCUGCGAUUGAAAAUUGACGCCUUUUUGGGUUCUGCACUUAUAGAUAUGUACUGCAAAUGUGGUGCCAUCGAGCGGGCUUUCGUGGUUUUCAAGACAGUUCCUGAAAAAGACGUCACUCUAUGGACGACAAUGAUAACUGGGUCUGCCUUCCAUGGAAAUGGCAAGCAAGCUCUGCAACUAUUCGAAGAAAUGCAAGAAGAAGGCGUGACGCCAAACAAGGUCACUCUGCUCGCUGUCCUAACAGCUUGCAGUCAUAGCGGCCUCGUGGAGGAAGGGCUACACAUUUUCAACCACAUGAAGUUGAAAUUCGGCUUUGACCCUGAAACCGAGCAUUACGGAAGCCUUGUUGAUCUGUUGUGUAGGGCAGGGAGAGUAGAAGAAGCAAAAGACUUGGUGCAAAAGAAGAUGCCAAUGAGACCAAGUCAGUCGAUGUGGGGAUCAAUCUUAAGCGCUUGUCGGGGAGGAGAAUAUAUUGAAACCGCAGAGAUGGCUUUAAAGGAAUUGCUCAAGUUGGAACCUGAAAAAGAAGGCGGAUACGUUUUGCUGUCCAAUGUAUAUGCAACCGCGGGAAGGUUCGGUUAUUCAGACAAGACGAGAGAAGCAAUGGAGAUUCAUGGAGUAAAAAAGGUUGCAGGAUACAGUAGUGUAGUAGGAGUAGAUGGAAUUCAUAGCUUUGUGGCUUCAGAGAAGCAGAACCAUCCAAGAUGGCUUGAGAUAAAAGGAAUAUUGCACCAUCUGUGUGAUGAAAUGAAUUCCAAGUUGAAUGUUUUGGACUUGUUAAGAACAGAGAUCAAUUAG